UGAACCGUCUCGUUUUCUCCCUCCAGUCUCUGGUUCUCUGCAAUUGGAUUUUGGCUCUCAUGGCGCCUCAGAAGCUGACGGAGUACGAGCGAAAGAGGCUCGAAAACAUAAAGCGAAAUGAACAGAUGAUUUCAGCCCUCAAGAUCAAAUCCACAGCCACACUCCUUUCCGCCGCCGUUACGAAACGCAAAAGUGCUGAAUCUAAAUCGUAUAAAGUGAGUCCAGAUAAGAAACAGAAAACAGAAGCCCCGAUUGUUAUCCGGCGGUCACUGCGCACGAGGGGUAUUGCGCCGGACUCCAAGGGUUUGACUGAUGAUUUUGUUGAUAAACCUCAAAAAUCUGUUAGCCCCUCAAAACCUAGGGUGUUGGGUCCUCUGAGUAUGAGAGAUGCCUUUAGUGGAGAUGACAUAGCUUCUAAUGGAAGACUUGUAGCGGCUAUUUUGAGUAUUUCAAAGAAACCCCAGGUGGGUGUUUCAGUCAAGAAAGAAUUUAAUGGGGUUAAGGCUGGUAAGGGUGGGAGUUUGGGUGAGAAAUGUGAGUGGAGUUCUUGCAAAAAGGAGGUUUUGGAAUGUCCAGAUAAGUUGGGUAAGAGUGAAACUGAGAUUGGUGCUGAUUUGGGGAUGCCAAUUAAGGAAGAAAAUGAUGGGGUUAACGCUUUUAAAUAUGAAAAAUUGAGUGAAAAGGGUAAUCUGGGAUCCUGUGGUUUGGUUAUGGGUACUGUUAAAAGUGAGUAUAAGGAUGGUUCAGUGAAGAUGGAGAAAAGUGAGCCCAGGAAUUCUCUUGAUCUGUAUUCACUGAUGUUGAAGCCUGAAAAUGUGGCACGGAUUCUGCCUGGGAGGAUAAUGGUGGUGAAGUUUUUCCCUUGCACUGAUUUGAGGAUGGUUGUCGCAGGGAACAAGUUUGGAAAUGUUAGCUUUUGGAAUGUAAAUUCCAAGGAUGAUGAUGGGAUAUAUCUUUAUCGUCCACACACAGGUCCCAUUUCUGGGAUUUCCAUCCAGCAGUCUUCAAUGUCAAAGAUCUUGACAAGCUGCUAUGAUGGCUUCAUUCGAUUAAUGGAUGUCAACAGGGAAGUAUUUGAUCUUGUACAUUCAACUGAUGAAACUGUUUUUUCCCUAUCACAACAACCAAAUGAUAUUAUGAGCUUAUACUUUGGUGAGGGUCAUGGAGGAUUGAAUAUAUGGGAUCUAAGGGCAGGAAAGUCUAGCAUGAAGUAUAUGCUGCAUGAGGAUAGGAUCAAUACAAUAGAUUUUAACCCUCAUGACCCCAACAUCAUGGCUACUAGCUCCACAGAUGGUACUGCCUGCAUUUGGGAUCUGAGAAGUAUAAAUGCAAGUAAACGCAAAACUUUGAAGGUAGUGAAUCAUGACAGGGCAGUUCACGCUGCUUACUUCUCACCUUCUGGUAGCUCUCUGGCAACAACAAGUUUUGACAAUAAGGUUGGUAUUCUAAGUGGAAUCAAUUUUGAGGAUAUUUCUAUGAUAGACCAUGAUAAUCAGACUGGAAGAUGGAUUUCCAGUUUCAGAGCUAUAUGGGGAUGGGAUGAUUCACACGUUUUCAUCGGCAAUAUGACUAGAGGAAUUGAUGUGAUCUCCCCAGCACAAAGGAAAAUAAUUAUGACGUUAAAGAGUACACACGUGUCUGCAAUUCCAUGCAGAUUUAAUGCGCACCCUUACGAAGUUGGGACGCUUGCAGGAGCCACAAGCGGAGGCCAAGUUUAUAUAUGCACAUCAGGUUAAAAAUGCAGAGCCCUGAAGGAUGGGUGCGCUUGCAAUUGCCAUCCGACUUGAGAAUUUUUGUAAUUUGGUGUCUGUAGGUAGCCACUGGCACUCUUAUGUCUCUUGAAAACAAGCAUUAAUCUGCUAUUAGUGCAAUUUUUGUACAUUCUUGCCCUAUUCUGAUGGUUGAGACUGGGUUUUCAAUCACAAACUGUGGGAAUGAUCACUGUGAAAAUUUCCUCGUUCAUCAUUGUUAAAUGGCAAACUCGCUGAGUUUUGUGAUUAU